AUGUCUCGCCCAGAAGAUACGCUUGCGGCCGACGUCCAUUACGAUGACACCGAGGCACGCAAAUACACGACCAGCAGCCGGAUCCAGAACAUCCAGGCCACGAUGACACGGCGAGCUCUCGAGCUGCUCGACCUAGACUCUCCCUCCAUGAUCCUCGACAUCGGCUGCGGCAGCGGUCUGUCAGGCGAGAUCCUCUCGUCCGUACCAGAAGACGAAGGUGGGCCACACGUCUGGGUUGGCAUGGACGUCUCUGCAUCCAUGCUUGAUGUGGCCCUACAGCGCGACGUCGAGGGUGACCUCCUGCUCGCAGAUAUCGGACAAGGCGUGCCGUUCCGCGCGGGCACGUUCGACGCCGCAAUCAGCAUCAGCGCGAUACAAUGGCUUUGCAAUGCCGAGAGCAGCGAGACGAGCCCCGAAGGGAGGUUGUCGAGGUUUUUCAACGGACUGUACUCGAGUCUCAAGAGAGGUGGCAGGGCUGUGUGUCAGUUCUACCCGAAGAAUGACAAGCAGCGCAACAUGAUCACCCAGGCUGCCGUCAAGGCGGGGUUCGGCGCUGGUCUGCUGGAGGAUGAUCCCGAGACCAAGAACGUCAAGGUGUAUCUGGUGCUGACUGUUGGUGGUACCGGAGGAGACAUCACAGGUGUGGUGAAUGGCAUGGACGGCGUGGAUGUCUUGGACGCGAGACGGAACGGCAAGGCGGGCAAGGGUGACAUCAAGAAGGGCAGCAAGGCUUGGAUUAUUAAGAAAAAGGAGCAGAUGGAACGGAAGGGCAAGAUCGUCAAAGCCACCUCCAAAUAUACUGGACGGAAACGGCGGCCAAACUUCUAA